AUGAAAGAGGAGCCAGAGCUUUCAGAAGAUGAGGCGAUUACCAAAGCUUUACGAGCUUGGUUUUAUCGCGUUAUGCCAGAAAAGGAUAUGCCAGAGUUCCUGGCUGAGGGAUUCCGCCAGAAGCGACUACCUAGGCUUGGGGAUGCUGUCGUCAUCCCGUCACAGGCCAAGGGCACUUUUUGGUGGAAUCGCGAGACCAAGAAAGUCCAAUGGGUGUGGUGGGAUCCAGAUCCAAGCAAAGCUGGACAGGUUCUUCACACUGAGCCACAAGCUACGACUAGUCAAUUGCCAGAGGAACAAACACAAAUAAGCAGGACAGGGCAGCGUUCUCCAAGUGACGCUGUCAAGACAGAAUCUAGGAACCAUGAGGACACAAUGGGGGCUGCAGGUUUCUCGGGAAUACACCAGGCCAGACUGGACAGAUCCAGGCUCGGCUCCGCUCCACCUGACAGUGGUGAAAGAAAUCAAGAGUUCCAAACAGGAAGAAAGAAUCUGCCCGAUCGUCGAGUCUCGCCUACACCGGAACGGCCAAGCCACUUCAGUCCACAGGACCUCAAUCACAGAUCUUCUUCUUCUUAUCUGACAACAACUCGCUCACAUCGAGGCCCCACUUCCGACACCAACAAACACCCUAAACACGACGACAGAAGAAAAGAUGUGGCCAAGAUGGCAGACAGAGCACCUUCUUUAGCACGCGAGCGCUCCUCUGGCGCAGAGAGCGACGAUCCCCGCAGAUCCUCUGCCAUUCAUUCACCUUAAAGAUCAGCAACUCCAGGCGAUCCCACAACCGAUAAUUCCAUCAUCCACACCGACC